AGACGCAAGUCAGCUGCCGACGAGCGGACACGAAAAUGUAAUCGUCGUAUCGGCGCUCUCGAAAGAAAGCUCGAACAACGGAGUCGCGACUAUUCACGCAGUCGCGCGAUUAAAUAAGAAAGCUCGUGUUACAUUGGCUGCCAAAAGCUGUGUUGAUUGUAUACAGUGACAGUGCGAACAGUUAUCCCGAUACAAAAAAUACGCAGGACUUCGGGGCGUAUCCUCAAGGGAGAGAGAGAGAGAGAGAGAGAGAGAGAGAGAGAGAGAGAGAGAGAGAAAGAGAGAGAGAAUCGCCCAAGGGGUGAAAGACGUCACAGGAGCGAAGGGACGAUCGACCGAUGAUUCUCGUGACGGCUUCCCAGGAUUCUCUGCAGAGACAAGCCUCCAGCGGACAAUCGCAGAAGAUGAAGCUGAACGAGAAGAAGGAGUCGGGCAUCCACAAGGUCCAGGAGGUCAGCCUGGAGGAGCUCGACCUGAGCAAGGAGUACCAGGUCGAGAAGACCCUCGGCGAGGGUAGCUUCGCCAAGGUCCUCCUGGCGACGCACAGGCGAACCCAGACGAGGGUCGUCCUCAAGGCCGUGCACCAGGAGCUCACCACCGAGCGGGACUUCUUCCGCGAGUUCCACUACGCGUACCACCUCAGUCCCCACCCGAACAUCCUCUGCUCGUACGCGGUGGCCUUCAAGGCCGAGAACUGCUACGUAUUCGCCCAGGAGUACGCCCCCUACGGCGACCUGGCCGGCAACGUCAGGGCCGGUGGUCUCGGCGAGGAGAUCUGCAAGAAGAUCGCCUCCCAGCUGGCCUCCGCCCUGGACUUCCUGCACUCGAAGCAGCUGGCCCACCGGGACGUCAAGCUCGAGAACAUCCUCGUGUUCGCCCAGGACAUGUCGAAGAUCAAGCUCUGCGACUUCGGCUGCACCAGGCGCGAGGGCAGCCUCGUCGGCAAGAUCCGCUGCACCUGGGCGUCCUUCCUGCCGCCCGAGAUCCUCGACAUCAUCAAGAACGAGCGAUACAACUGCAAGAGGAGCGCAGACUGCUGGCAGUUCGGCAUCGUCCUCUUCGUUUGCCUGACCGGCAAUCCGCCCUGGCAGUCGGCCGACCUGAUCCAGGACCCGGACUACUCGGCCUUCCAGCGCUUCCUCAAGCGACGCACCACCAAGAUCCCCUCGAACUUCCGGCGCUUCAGUCCCCGGAUGCUGCGCUACUUCAGGCGAGUCUUCGAGCACAAGCCCGAGAAGAGGCCGCCCGUGACCGAGGUGAACAAGUACCUCAAGGACGUCUGGUGCGUGAGCAAGCUCAGCCACAGCGCGACCUCGACGUCCGUCGACGAGAACUUUGUGCGACAGGCCGACAGUCUGCUCUACCUCAACACCAUCGUCGACGAUCGCAACAACUUCGACGAGAACAAGAACAAGCUGAAGAAGCUGCUGAACAGCUACGGCCUCGAGACGUCCGUUGACCAGAAGGACAUGACCAAGCGGAUCUGGGAGUGGGUCAUGCAGUGCGACUCGAACGUCGGGGACUCGGGCCUACUCUCCGCGAACCUCAGCGGCGGAUCCAUAUGAGACUUGUCCAAGUCCUCCAGUGAACCCUGUCUCAAGGUCGUCAGCAAAGCCAGCAAGUACAGCGUCGGCGAACUCGCGGCCUAGUCGCCGGCGGUGACAAAGGAUUGUCAACCAACUGCGAGUGCCAACGCACACACACACACACACACUCUCUCUAUACGGUGAUUCUAUCGUGAUAUACAUAUUAAUUGUGCGAGCGAUUAUACGUAGUGUGACUGGUAUACAGGCUGUUAUGGUUGGUAUGAAGACAAUUAUUAGUGAGAGAGAAACAAGUCUUUUCUUUGGUCUUUUGUGUGGAGUCUGAGGUAUAACGGCGGUUAUGGUAGUUCAUAAGUGCCUCGAUGCUAAACUAUCAUAUUAUAAUAAUAUAACGUUAGCGGUGGGGCUUGUCAGGGGAGAAGUUAUAAAUACAGUAUAUAUAAAGAGACGUUCGAAUGUUACAGACAAUAUACUCAAUGCUUCCAUGUAAGACAUCCGAGUACGGCUAUUUCUCGAUCGCGAUUUUUCUUUUCAAUUAUUCAUCGCGUCUCUAUUAUUUCACCUUUCCAUCGCGCGCGAGAAUUUCUGAAUUUUUCUGGAAAUUAAUGAAAGUAUAAUAAACGCGACUGCCGGAGAUUGGGUUUGAGAACGGAUCUUAGUUUAAUAACUUAAAUUACAUUAACUCGGCGCAGAAGUCGAGCUUUUAUUUUACUUUAUACGUAUGCUAUAAUUGAUUUCGAUAUCGUUACAUAGCCGACACGCGACCACAGGAAACAAAACUUAGAUUGUAAGGCCCAGUUGAUACACAAUCGGUAUAAUUAUGAAAAGAAUAUAUAUAAAUAUAUAUAUAUAUAUAUAUAUAUAUAUAUAUAAUAGUCAUUAGCGAUUCGAUGAACCAUAUAUAUAUAUAUAUGAGUAAAAUGAAAAAAAAAGAUACCUUCCGAACGGUUGUACAUAUUAUAAUUCGUUAUAUAAAUAAUGAUGAUUCGUUAAAGCUGUACGUUGCACGAGUGAAAUUCAAAGCGCUUAUCGAGCGUAUCGAGUUCAAAAUUCGGAGCAAGAUGUUUAAAAAUAAAAAGAAGAAGCUCGCGCAAGUCAUGUACGAGCCGAGAUGGGUCCAAGAUUGUAUAAAAUGAUUGAGAUAAUGAUUAGAAUACGCCAUUAGAAAAAUAAACGCGAUGAAAUGAAGGGUGCGAGUAACGUGGAGUUUCAACGUUUUUUCUCACAGCUGAUGUGUUAUGGUAAAGAUUAUAUCUUGUUUAUAUCGUAAGUACGCGCAUAUAUUACGAGCGUUAUUUGUACUUAUAGCAUAAAAUGAGGUAUUUCAUCGUAGCUAUGAUAUAUUAUAUGAAAAAAUCCAAUGAAUGUAUACAGCAUAAUUUUUGACGGUUAAUUUUCAUACGCCAAUCCGUAUGACUGUACGUGUAUGAUAGAUACAUAUGAUACACGAGUAUGAUAUAUUCCUUUCGGCGAUUUUUCACAUUCUUAUAUUAUAUGAAUAUACCACGAAGCCAAUCAAUAUGUUGUAACGAGUCAAUUAUAAGUGAAUUUUUUAAUCGGUCAAGAAGUCGAGAAACGUUGACGAACAAUCACUUUUCCAUUUCUAUGCUGAAUUGAUUUUCAAAAAUUAUGCUUCGAAUUGUAUAAUAUACCGUAAAAUUUGAGAUGUCGAGCAUAUCGACAUAAUUGAGGUAAACAGGGUUUAAUAAAUUCGUUCGGAUUUUGCAUUGUCAUUUUUUCACGCGAGAAAAGCGAGUCAAAAACGUGCGAUAAACGAAUCACGAUCGAAACUCGCCGUAUCGGCCUUAAAAAAUCAUCUCCACACACACACUCACGCACGCACUCACACACACACAGUGUAUGCUGUAUAGCUGCAUAUAGAAUAUAAUAAACCCGACAUGUUCACCCGAAGUAUAUAUAAUAAACAGUAUGAAAGCAAAGAGAUAACUGUUAGUGUAUAGGUGAUAUUACAUAACGAAUGUGUUUUCUGCUCGUUAUAAUGUUAAAUUAAUAAUAUUAAUAAAAAAAUGUUUGCAAAAUGCAUGUUACUGAAUGUAUGUAUGUCCGGAGAUAUAUAUCGUUAUUAUAUAACAAAUGUACGAACAAACUGUUGUAUCAAGACUAACCGAUAUGUACCGAACACAAUAUAUAUGAUUUUUUUUAGCCGAAAUGGCCUAAUCGUCAUCAUAAACGAGGUACGUUUAUAUAUUUGUAUAUUUACACGAAAGUGAAAAAGUGAACAAAACGAUGACGAACCGCCACACACGCAAAAUAUACGUAUAUAUGUGACACUUGUGCGACUCGAUAGGUUUUGGGCAAAAAGUUGACCUAUAUCGCCGAGUGGACGAUCCUUAACGAUCUCAGAGAAUACAUGACUUUAUUUUUACGUCACAUUAUACAUACUGAAUGUAUUAUAUAGUCGUUUAUGAUAUCAGUGUACAUAGA